AACGGUUAAAUUGUAAUUAUCAAAUAACAAAAAUGUCAAUGUUUUAUAAAUUGGAUAGUAUAGUACAAGAGGAAGAGGAAGAUAAUACUGUAACAUUUCGUUUAUAUGGUACCAAUAUGCCAGUAAAAGAAGUAUUAACAAGUACGGAUGAUGAUACAACAACGGUUGUUAUCGGGUAUAAAUCACCAGAUAGUAUCAAUACUAGUGACAAUAUCAAUAAUAUUACUGAUAAUAAGAAUGAAAUAUCAUCAUCAUCACCAUCAUCAUCGCCAUCAUCAUCAUCAACGAAAUCAUCAUCAACAUCAACAUCAGUAUCAGUAGCAAAGUCAUCAUCACCAUCAUCGGCCAACUAUGAGAAUCAUAAUUACGAAGUUAAUUUCCAUACAACCGUUUCAGCAUCUGUUGUAUUAUCCAAGAAACGUAGCACAUCCAGUAGUAAAGUUACCGAUGGUGAUCAUGUACAGGCAAAUUAUUUCAAAGAAUUUUUGGAACGAGCUCGAGAAGAUUUCAAACAACGAUGGGAAAAUCCUACACAGAAUACGGCACAGUUAGAUGAUUUCGAUCGGGUAAAAACACUUGGUACCGGUUCAUUUGGACGUGUAAUGUUGGUAAGACAUAAAGAGAGCGGGUCAUAUUAUGCGAUGAAAAUUUUGGAUAAACAAAAAGUGGUAAAAUUGAAACAAGUUGAGCAUACGCUUAAUGAGAAACGUAUACUUCAGGCAGUUGACUUCCCAUUUCUAGUCAAUAUGGAAUAUUCUUUUAAAGAUAAUUCAAAUUUGUAUAUGGUGCUCGAAUUUAUUGGUGGUGGUGAAAUGUUUUCACAUUUACGGCGAAUUGGUCGUUUCAGUGAACCGCAUUCCCGCUUUUAUGCAGCACAAAUUGUACUUGCAUUCGAGUAUCUUCAUUCCCUCGACCUCAUUUAUCGAGAUCUCAAACCUGAGAAUCUCCUUAUUGAUAAUACAGGCUAUAUCAAGAUAACCGAUUUUGGUUUUGCAAAACGUGUGAAAGGACGAACUUGGACUUUAUGCGGAACACCGGAAUAUCUUGCACCAGAAAUUAUAUUGAGCAAAGGUUACAAUAAAGCAGUAGAUUGGUGGGCAUUAGGUGUGCUCAUUUAUGAAAUGGCUGCUGGUUAUCCGCCAUUUUUUGCUGACCAACCGAUACAAAUUUAUGAAAAAAUUGUUUCUGGAAAAGUGAAAUUUCCAUCAUAUUUUUCGAACGAACUCAAAGAUUUAUUGAAGAAUUUAUUACAAGUUGAUUUGACAAAGAGAUAUGGUAACUUGAAAAAUGGUGUUGCGGAUAUUAAAAACCAUAAAUGGUUUAGUUCAACAGACUGGAUUGCUGUUUACCAAAGAAAGAUCGAUGCGCCAUUUUUACCUAAAUGUCGUGGUGCUGGUGAUGCAUCUAAUUUUGAUGACUAUGAAGAAGAACCACUACGGAUUUCAAAUACCGAAAAAUGUGCAAAAGAAUUUGCUGACUUUUAGCGAAUAAUUUUAAUAGUAGAAGUGAGAGAAAAAGAAGGGAUGGAGAGAAAAAGAAGGAAAC